AGACACGAAUAGAUAACGGCGUCACACCUUAAGCAGCAAACCUAACCUCCAUUUUGUUUUAGAUUUGUGUUUCCAAGUUUGUUAAAUCAACGAUUAAACUGUACAAAAUACCUGUAUUUGUCAAUCCACCCUUACAUGGUAUCAGAACCCUAACAGCCUGUGAUUUGCAAAUAAAGUAUUUUCGACUCUACAUUCAUAUAUUUUAAAUUAUUUGUUGUAGUAGUUCAUUUGUUCCAUCAUAAUAUUACAGGGUUAGGUUAUAUUUGUACUAACCUUUACUUGGGUAUAUUUUGAAGAAAUACAUAAAAUAUAAACAUUAUUUUAUUUUCUGAUAAGAAAAACCUGCGAAGCCAUGAGUAACAAAGGAGAGCGCAAAAGGAAACGCUAUGAAACUAGUUCAGAUUCUGAAAGUGUAGAUAGUGCCGAAGAAGCUCGUCGCAAAGAUUUAAAGGAAAGAGAUGAUUUUGCUGAACGUUUAAAGAAACGAGAUGAACAGAAGACAAGAAAUAUCGUACAGGCAUCUGAGAGACGUGCCUAUGAAGAAGCAGCUAAAAGACUCAAGUUGGAGAAUGAAAAUCGUGAAAAAAUUAUACCAUCAUUGCGAAUUCGAUCCAGAAGAAAAUAUCUGGAAAAACGAAAAGAAGAUAAAAUCCAGGAAUUGGAAGCAGAUAUUGCAGAUGAUGAAUAUCUUUUUGAAGAAGAAAUCUUGACAGAAAGGGAACGGAAAGAACGGCAACAUAAGAAGGAACUAUUAAAGUUGGCUCAAGAACAUGAAAAGGCAAGAGAGCUUGAAAGAAUACAGAGGUAUCAUAUGCCGAAAGAUAUGGGUACUUCAGAUUAUGUUGAAGUUGAUGAACUUGAGAAAAUGCCACUUUCUGAACAAAAGAAGUGGGAAAAGGAUCAAAUGUCCUCAGCGGUGUUCAAAUUUGGAGCUAGAGAUGCAGUGAAGAAAGACGAAUAUGAGCUUCUUCUUGAAGAUCAAAUUGAAUUUAUACAAGCUUUGAAAUUGCCUGGAACAAAGGAAGAUAAAAAAGAACCUGAAUUAACUGAAUACCAGAAGAAAAAAUUAGAUAUAGAGGAGACUAAGAAAAGCUUACCAGUAUUUCCUUUUAGGGAUGAUCUUAUUCAGGCUGUUAAAGAUUAUCAAGUUCUCAUCAUCGAAGGAGAAACUGGAUCUGGGAAAACAACUCAAAUUCCACAAUAUCUUCAUGAAGCAGGCUUCACAAAAGAUGGCAAAAAGAUUGGAUGCACUCAACCAAGGAGGGUAGCAGCAAUGUCUGUAGCUGCGAGAGUGGCGCAAGAAAUGAAUGUGAAAUUAGGGAACGAAGUAGGUUAUGCCAUACGUUUUGAAGAUUGUACUUCCGAAAGAACCAUCAUAAAAUACAUGACUGAUGGUACCUUACAUCGAGAAUUCCUGUCGGAACCAGAUUUACAGUCAUACAGUGUGAUGAUUAUCGACGAAGCUCACGAAAGAACUCUACAUACAGAUAUUCUAUUUGGCUUGGUCAAAGAUAUAGCAAGAUUCCGGCCCGAUUUAAAAUUAUUGAUUUCCAGUGCGACGCUAGAUGCCCAGAAAUUUUCAGAAUUUUUCGAUGAUGCACCUAUUUUUAGGAUUCCGGGACGUAGAUUCCCUGUCGAUAUUUAUUAUACAAAAGCACCUGAAGCAGAUUAUGUGGAUGCUUGCGUGAUAUCUGUCCUUCAGAUUCAUGCAACACAACCUUUAGGGGAUAUUUUAGUGUUCUUGACUGGUCAGGAAGAGAUUGAAACUUGCAUGGAGUUACUUACAGAUAGGACAAGAAGAUUAGGGUCUAAAGUGAAGGAACUGAUCAUUCUACCUGUGUAUGCCAACUUGCCAAGUGAUAUGCAGGCUAAGAUCUUCGAGCCCACACCUCCAGGAGCUAGGAAAGUCAUUCUGGCUACAAAUAUAGCAGAAACAUCUGUCACCAUAGACAAUAUAAUUUACGUUAUUGAUCCAGGAUUCGCGAAACAGAAUCAUUUUAACUCAAGGACUGGAAUGGAAAGUUUGAUUGUUGUCCCAAUAUCCAAGGCUUCUGCUAAUCAGAGAGCCGGUAGAGCAGGUAGGGUAGCAGCAGGUAAAUGCUUCCGAUUGUAUACUGCCUGGUCGUACAAGCAUGAAUUGGAGGAUAAUACGAUACCGGAAAUUCAGAGGAUAAAUUUGGGUAAUGCAGUAUUAAUGCUUAAAGCUCUUGGGAUUAAUGAUCUAGUCCAUUUCGAUUACCUGGAUCCCCCACCUCAUGAAACUUUGAUUUUGGCUUUGGAGCAGCUUUAUGCUCUGGGGGCUUUGAAUCAUCAUGGAGAAUUAACUAAAUUGGGUAGGAGGAUGGCCGAGUUUCCAGUUGAUCCUAUGAUGGCCAAAAUAUUGUUGGCAUCAGAAAAGUACAAAUGUUCAGAAGAAAUUGUAACUAUAGCAGCCAUGUUAUCAGUGAAUGGGGCCUUAUUUUAUAGACCCAAAGAUAAGAGUAUUCAUGCAGAUACCGCAAGAAAGAGUUUCAACCAUAUUGGAGGUGAUCAUUUCAGUUUGCUGAAUGUGUAUAACCAAUGGCGUGAUACCGAGUAUUCAACACAAUGGUGUUAUGAUAACUUCAUACAACACAGAUCUUUGAGAAGGGCUAGAGACGUAAGAGAACAAUUGGUUGGUUUAAUGCAGAGAGUAGAAAUCGAGAUGGUUUCUAACCCAACAGAAAUAGAUAAUAUCAAGAAAGCUAUAACUUCUGGUUAUUUCUAUCAUAUUGCCAGACUUUCAAAAGGAGGAAAUUAUAAAACUGUAAAACAUAAUCAGACUGUAACUAUUCAUCCAAACAGUUCAUUGUUUGAAGAUCUUCCCAGAUGGCUUCUAUACCAUGAACUGGUUUUUACAAGUAAAGAGUUUGUGAGGCAGGUAAUCGAGAUUGAAAGCAAGUGGUUAUUGGAAGUAGCUCCCCAUUAUUAUAAACCAAAGGAACUCGAAGAUUCAACAAAUAAGAAAAUGCCUAAGACGGUUGGGAGAAGUACAAUGACUGCAUGAGAUUUUCUUAUUAAAGUUAUAUAUGUGAUAAAAUAAUUAUAAUUAUAGGUUGUAUAUAUAUAUUAAUUCAUAAUGAUGUUAUUGCUAUAUUGUGUAUAUAUAUAUAUUUACAUAUAGAUGUUAAUUUAUGCAGAAUCUACGUUGUUAUUAAUGUUAUUAUUUUUGUAAUAUUGUUUUGAUAUUCUACUUGUUAUUAUUGCACCUGUUGUACAUGGUUUAUUGUACCUUUGUCUCUGGAAAAAAAAAUAUAAGUUUUCAAUUGUU